UUCUGUGGGACAAGCAAGCUUUUUAUUUGUGUCAGUCAAGUAUGAAGUUCAAGGAAAAGAAAAUGCCAAGCAUGUUUAGGCGGAAAUCAAAGAAUGUGAACGAAGACAAACCUUUAAUGAAAAACAUAGAGCAGACAGAUGUGACCCUUCCACCAGAGGAACAGGCAUCUGGAGUUCCUGAUCUCAUUGCUCUAGAUGCUGAAGCACUUAACAAGAGAGUGCUUCAUGCUCUCAGAAAGAUUCUGAGUGACCAAUCAACCUCUGAGGACUUUGAUGCUGCAGUUGAGGUGUUGAAAACAUUGAGCAAACUGAAUAACAACUAUUCUCAAGACUGGCUUUGUGAGUACCUUCAAGAAAUAAAUCAGUUUGUGGAGAACCACUUUCCCACGCUGCCAGCAGAGGGACCACGGGGAUCUCAGUUGGAGCAGAUACAGGACUUUCAGAGAACACAGAGCAUGAUAAAUGAUAAGGUGCUUCGAUUAACACCUGCACUGAAAGAUGCUGGGCUGCUAGAUCAUCUGAUGGACAGUUACAGCCGUCACCACUCUUUUACCAACCUGGACCUGCUGCUAAACAGAGAUCUGUCUGUGAAAGAGAUCUUCUGCCUUCUGCUGUGGGGAAAAGAUGUUUUCUUCAGUUCAGACUCACAGCAUUUCUUCAGAGUGCACGACCCUCUGCUGUUGACAAAUUGGUUUGAGAGAGCAACGGAGAAACUGCUGCCAAAACUAAAGAAUGACAUCCCCACGACUCUACAGAACAUCCUGGACUAUGAUGAGCAACAUAGACCUAAUGGAGACUCAAUGGAUGAAGAAACGUUCAUCAGAGUUCACUUAGAUGUCACUAAAUGUCUGAAUGCUGUUAUACAGAGUUCUAAGGAAUUUAGUCACACGUUGAUGUGUGCGGCACAAACACUCUGUCUUAAAGAGCUUCAUCAUUUUGUUCAGGAGUAUGUGCAUGCAGAGAAAAAACGCCUGGAAAAACAACAACCCCUGAAGAAAAAUCCUGUGCAUCUGUUUCGGCUCAUCAGCACCUGUAGACAACUCAGAUUUUUUGCUCCUCAACUCAACAAUCCAGAUAUAAACAACAGUGACGACCUCUCAAAAAUUAUCUGCAUGUUAGAGGAGAUGGAGGAUCACGCUCUGUCUAUUGUACAGAAGAUGAUGAAAGACGUUGCACAGGCCUUAUUAAGACAUUAUUUUAAAAAAGGAGGUGAACAAAUUCAAGGGCUGACAGAGGCAAUCCAAAAGCAAUGUGCAUCUCUUCCUCAGACUGAUGUAGGAAAAGAGAUUCAGGAGAUCUUUGUGGAUGUAUCCUAUGACUGCGUUUCACGCGUGUAUCUGGAUUGCCUGAUGAAGAGCAAGUUCAGAAGGCUAGAGAGGAGAUGGGGAAAUGUUGGAGAAAGGAUAAACGCGGACAUUCUCAGUUUACACAACACUUUCACUGUACUGAAUGGCAGUGAUGCCCAGAGGAACCAUUUCCUUCAGAGACUCAGUGAAGUUUUGCUUCACAGUGAUGUAGAAGCACUGAAGAUUACCUGUUUUGUUUUGUUCAGAGAUUUCCCUCAGGAGAGUAAGCAGUAUGUACCUGGUCUGCUGCGCUGGAAGGGGGUUUUAUCAGAGCGACAGGUGAGGGAAGUGCUGGAUGUGACCCAGGACCUCGAUCCGAAGCCUAGACGCGUCACCUGUCAGCCUCUGAAGGGACUUUUUUGUUGUCUUUGAUGUGAAUAACAACAUCAGCCAGAAUUGCAAAACCUUUGUUUACAAGUUAAAUUCAAUGGCAUGACUGUUUUGUAACAUUCGGUUAUGAAUGUUAAUUGUUUAAACAGGUAUAUUUUCAUUAGAUACAGUAUUUAUUGUAUGUAAUGUCGUUUUGAUUUUACAUGAAAAUCUGGAUUACUUGAGAAACAUUAAUUACCUUUUUGGUAUGUCUUUUCAGUUAUUAAUUUUGACUGCCACCGUUUACAUUGUUACAAAAUUGGGUAAUAACACUUUAUUUGAAGGUGUCCUUGUUACAGUUACAUUACUUACUAUUAUAAUAACAAUAAAUUAUGCAUUAUUACAUGCAAGUAGCCCUAAUCCUAACCCUAACCAUAGUAAGUACAUGUAGUUAAUUAAUAUUACCCGGUACUUAAAUGUAUAAAUACACUGUAACAAGGACACCUUAAAAUAAAGUGUAUCCCAAAAUUGUAACAAAAUGUCCAGCUAUGAACUUAAAAUACUGUUGUAUCUUAAUAUUUAUAUUGGUUGUAAUUUAUUUUAUUCUUAUUUAAUAGAACACAAUGUUUCUUUUAUGUAUGAUUAUUUUAUCAUACAAGAGUCAGUGGUACUGUAAAACAAGUCACUUUAAAUGUAUAACAAGUGUUUGUU